GUGAGGUCAAAGUACCCGCGGACCCUGGGCGUGAUGCUGAUGGUCGUUGGCUUGCCCAAUGUAGGCAAAUCUACCAUCAUCAGCGGCCUCAAGCGCAUCGCUUUCGCAACCCUACGACAUCAGGGGCCGACGAGUAAGCUUAUGCAGGGGGUCAAGUGGACAGAGCCAAAGAUGAGCAACGUCCCGGGCCUCACCCGAGAUGUGACCUUCUUCCAGCUGGCCAAUCACCCGCGGCUGUACUGCUACGACACUCCCGGUGUCUCCCUGCUGAAGAGACGAAACGAUCCGGAGCGGAACGCCAAACUGGGAGUUCUGAAAUGCAUGCCCGACCACAUAGCCGGUGAGACCUACCUGGCAGAUUACCUCCUAUAUCGGCUGAACAGAGACUAUGUCCUGGACUACGUGAAGGAGCUGGAGCUCCCUGGGCCCACGAACGACAUCCGAUACCUUUGCGGGCACAUCUCUGGGAUGCUGUCGCAGCGGAAGAACACACAGGUCUACCAGGUUCAAGUGG